AUGGCGACAAACAAGGGUGUUAAUGUUCCUGUUGAACCGGGCAAUGUUGACACAAAUGGAGGAGACGACACGGAGGCCAAGAAGUACGAGACAUUGGAAGAGAAGCAUGCGAGGCUACUUAAAAAGGCCAAUCAAGAUGAGAGAGAGGUAGGGGGCAAUGAAAAUGACAAAGAGAAACAGGGCAAUGAAAAUGACAGAGAUCCAGAACAAGAGGUGAUUGAGUGUGUAGAUGUAGAUGGUUUAGAAGAGAUAGAUGAUGAUGGAAUUGAAGAUUUACCUGAACAUAGGGAGGAAGGGGGAGAUAGUGAGGAUGACGUUGUUAGAGAAAUUGACAAAGGGAAAAGAGUAUUGGUUAUGGAUGAGGAUGACGAUAAAAGUGAGGAAGGGGGAGAUAGUGAGGAUGAAGAAGGUUCUGAUAGCGAGGAUUCGAAUUAUGUUGGAAAUAGUGCCAGCUCUGACACUGAGGAGAGUUUGGUGGAUGAUUUUGAAGUAUCUGAAAAUAGUGAAGAGGAAGAUGAGGAUAUGGGCCUUAAUGAAGAUUGUGAGCCUCCAGAUGAAAGAGUUGGGCUUAGCGUGUUGGAGGGCUUGGGAGACCAGCCUUUCUUUAUGUUAGGCAUGACUUUCUUAGACCUAAAUGAGCUUAGGAGCGCCAUAGACAGCUAUGCUAUUUCGAAAGGGGUUAAUAUCAAAAUUAUUAGAAGUGAGAAAAGGUUAUUAAAGGCAAUAUGUGAAGAGGGUGCCCAUUCACCUUAUAUGCAUCGAGAGAUGGGAAUAAUGUGGGCUACAAGGUGA